AUAUAUAUAAAUAAAUAUAUAAGGUAAAUAUUAUCAAAGGUAACCCAAGUGAACAUGACAGAUUGAGAAGUUUGAUAGAAACAGUUCCCAAGUCCACGGUCCUGAAUGAGUUGAACAUUUGAAAGGUGGAAUGGCUUGAAUUGGUUGAGAAAAAAUGUCAAAUGUCUGUAUUCAUUCGAGAAUGUUGUCAUGGAAAAUGUGGAAUAAUACAACAGUUGGGAAUGCUGCAAAUGUGGAAUUUGGGAAAGUAAGGACAUUUUAAAGGAAUGUUUCAUUCAGCGGAUUUCGGUUUUUGUAAUUCUCGGUGAAAGUGGGAUUUUGGGCAAUGUUGAAUUUUGAAGGUGGAACGGUUUAAAUUGGUGUGGCGGAGUCUUCCUGACUGUAGGUGGCGCUGCGUACUUUUUUACUUACAAUGUGCUCGUAAACUGCCAGUCGAAGAAGAUUUGAUGAGCGUUUGAAGAAGAGGAUUUUUCUCGUGUGUUUGUAUCUUCAAGAAGAAGACGCAAAUGAACGCCAAGUGUGCCGCUAUGUGACGUAGCCAGCUCCCUGAACUUCGAACAACCAAAUCGGACUUUCUGUUUCAAAAGCGUAUUUUGAGUCACACGAGUUGUUUUUCCUAGCUUAGCUUUUAGCCACGUCCGGACUGCCGACUUUCCACCAGGAAGCAACUAGCAGCUGUGUAGCUUUGACUCAAUUCUCGACGUCAAAUUGUGGAAAAUUGUGCCCGUUCCUGGUGUGUUCAUGUGCGGCUUUUGACGCGUUGGAUGUCGGCGGAGCUUCGGCAGCUGGCUACAAAUUGUUGUUAACCGACUGGAGCUGUAGUUGAAAUGGCCACCGCGGCCCCGUCUUCUGCUGCGGCCGCCGGCUCUCCUGGAGCCGCCGCCGCCGAGAACGCGAGCCCCGGAUCCAACAGCUCGGCGGCGGGCGACGGCGGAAACCAGGACAGCACGUUUGAGUGCAACAUUUGUCUGGACACCGCCAAGGAUGCCGUCAUCAGCCUGUGCGGGCACCUCUUCUGCUGGCCUUGUUUACACCAGUGGUUGGAGACAAGACCCAGCAGGCAAGUGUGUCCGGUGUGUAAAGCCGGCAUCAGCAGGGACAAAGUCAUCCCCUUAUAUGGGCGCGGAAGCACCGGUCAGCAGGACCCCAGAGAAAAAACACCCCCGCGACCUCAAGGCCAAAGGCCCGAGCCAGAAAACCGGGGCGGCUUCCAGGGAUUCGGCUUUGGGGACGGAGGUUUUCAGAUGUCCUUUGGAAUAGGUGCCUUCCCCUUUGGUAUUUUUGCCACAGCGUUUAACAUAAAUGACGGAAGACCCCCUCCAGCUGCCCCGGGAACCCCGCAGCACUUGGACGAACAGUUCCUGUCCCGACUCUUCCUCUUCGUGGCUCUGGUCAUCAUGUUUUGGCUCCUCAUAGCGUGAACAGCACACAGGAUUUAGUCGUAGCGACAAGAUAAGACUCUUUUGUUUUCUCUUCAUCGAAAGCUGCGUGAGAUUGAAGGCUUCAGUAUUUUAAAAAGAAAUAGGAGCUGACUGUGGAAUUAACACGGCACAAUUUAUAAUACAGCCCUUACGUUGAGUGCAUUGGUUUAUAAAGGUGUACCUAAUACAUCAAAUGAAGUGGCCAUUGAAUAAUAAUGAUAGCACCAAUAAUCCUUAAACGAAAUGGAUUCCAGCCGUCACCCAAAUGUCGCUGUUGAUUGGGAGGACUCCGGUAGUUCAGUGUUCCACGGAUUCACCGAUUUGCAGAUUGUGUCCUGUUGUUCGUUGAAAAACUCCCCGCCAAAGCCCAGUCUAAUAUAAAAGUAUUAUUUUGGCGCCAUCUUGUUUCCAAGGAACUAUGUCGCAGUGAGGGGAGGAGCUUCAUUUCGCCGGGCCGUAGCACUGUCCAAUAGAAGAGCAGUGCUUUGCCAUCAUCUAGUGGCAUCUAUAGGCAAUAAUAAAGCUUUUAAUCAAUUAACUUGCAGAUGUUCGCCAUUCGCGGCAGGUCCUCCACCAAUCGCUAUCUUUAUUUUAGAUGAGUUUCAAGCAAAUGUUAACAUUUAUGGCUGUUCAAAUAGUCGUUUGAUCCUUUAGGGUGUAUCAAUAAUACAUUGACAUUAUCAAGUGAAAAUCUCAGCAUUUUGAGUCUUUUUUUCUUCAUCUCUGAAACUCAAAGAAAAAUGCUCACAAUGUGGAAAUGCGUGAUUGUGAUUGGACAAUAUAAAAAUGUCAGUUCACUAUUUAAAAUUGCGUGAAUGAAAACUAUAUAUUCUUGUCAGCAUUUAUGUUCUGAUGAGGAGAAAACAUUAAAUUGCUGCUUUACAAGGAUGUCGAUUUUGUCUGAUUUUUGUCUUUUCCAACUUGAGGUUUUUAUACUUAUCAAUCUGUCCAUCCAUCCAUCCGUCCAUUUUCAACACCGCGGGGCGCUGGAGCCUAUCCCAGCUGACUUCGGGCGAAAGGCGGACUACACCCUGAACUGGUCGCCGGUCAGUCGCAGGGCACAUAUAAUUCAUACCGUCACUGAGUGGGAACUGAACCCACGCUGCCCGCACCAAAGUCAGGCGAGUGUACCACUACACCAUCAGUGACUCUCACAUCAAUUUGUUUUUCAUCAAAUUGGACCUUUUGGGUCUAUCUGUUGGCCAAUUGAAACCCAUGAAAACCUUCUCACUUUUUAAAUUCCUUGUCAAUGUUCACUGGAUUGAAGCAUACAAUUUGGGUAAAAUGGGUUUCACUGUAGACCCGACACCUGAAAACCUUUAAGUUAGUUUCCUACCAGAGUACAGCAUUUGUCAUUAUUUGGACAAGAGAGCCGUUUAAUGCAAAAGCCGUUUAAUGGCCUGUUGCACUCCAGUGGUGAAAAAUGUGAAAUGAAUGUUGCAAUUUGGACUUCAAGGAGGGGAAGCUCGCAGCACGGUGGGCGACCAGUUAGUACAUCUACCUCACAGUUUAUGGUUGCGGGUUCAAAUCUGGCCUCCCCUCUGUGUGGAGUUUGGAUGUUCUCUCCGGGUACUCCGGGUUUUCUCCCACAACCCAAAAACAUGCAUGCUAUCUUAAUUGAAGGCUCCCAGGGCCAAUUCCAAUUCUACCCCUACCCCUUAGCCCUUUUGUUUGAAGGGUUAAUGCCUAGAUCAGACUACAGGAUUUUAGCCCCGAUAUUGGCCUGAUUAGUGAUCGCAGCCGAUUUCCCAGAUCGGGCCCGACAUAUUUUGUUCGGAACGAUAAAACUUCUUGUAGCGUGACAUAAUCCACGACCACCGAUUUGGCCCACCGACACCAAAAUGAAAAGUCUAGCAUGUUUAAUUUUUUGGGGAUAUCUUCCAUGUAGUGUGACAUAUCAACGACAACUCUCCGAGAGCGCACCUCGACGUCGACCAAUAGGAUUCCGUAUUGACACCGGCGCAUCGCUUCCCGUGCUUGCCGUCUUCAACGUACUUGCACGCCGUUGUCAGCAUUUAUUCACAUGUACGAACCAAUGUUUACCAAAGCUUUAGAGCAUGAUUCGACAGAAUCUCGGCACGUUUACGUACGACAGUUAGUGCUAGCACUAGCUUGCUAGGCUACAUAACGUUUUGUUGCCUGCUCGCAAGCCGUAUUGUAUUCAAAGUAUGUGAACAUACCUAAAGCAAUCGUUGAAUGGACGUCCUCUCCAGAGCACCAGUGACGACCACUGCACCUUUUUCCUCAUUUUGUUCUUUUUACCCCCACACACAAUACAUUGGGGUGGCGCGUUGUUGUUGUCGCCAUGGUAACGGGUUUAUCGGGUCACAUUGACCGGUGACACGUUUUCUGGUCUCGCCUCUCCGACAGGGUUUGAUUUGACAAGACCAGGGAUCGUAAAAGACGGGAUACGGUACUAUCAGAAUAAAUGUCGUGUAGUGUUGCCACUGUCUGACCGAGAUGCGCCAAGAUUUUAUGGCAGUAGUCUGACAUAGUGCAAUUGGGUUAGAGAGAGACCAAAUUUGUCUUGUCUGAUAAAGGCAUAACAGCAUCACGCCGAUGAAAUACGGGAUUACAUGAGUGUUGAGGCUACAGCUAACAAUAGGGAAAGCGAAUGUCACGGUGAACUCAAGCGACAUUAUUAGCGAUGCUACAUUAGCUAUGUAGCUUCUGAAUGUGACUUAGCUGUCUAAUAAUUCUUUCUAAUCAUUAAUAAAAUGCAAUACAUUGUAGUGAAGUGCGUUUGCUGUGAAUUUGUCACCGUAGUCUGACGAUUGACUAGCGAUGCGCGAGCUCGCGAUAACAAGCCGUUUAACCAACAAUUCAAAACAUGAAUAUUUAUGUUGAUGAAAACAUGACUAUCAUUAGUAUGGAUGUCCAUAAUUAUGUUCACUUACAUUCAUAUACUUCGUCUGCUCCACCAUCUUGUAAACAAGCGCUUCGCCUGUCCCAUUCCUCUCUUUCAAGUGAGCGCCCCUUCGUCUUAGCCCUUCCCCUAGGAAACGGGAUACCCCUUCGUUCUUGUGCACGCAUCAAAAGCAAUGGCUAAGACGAAGGAGAAGGGCUAAGGAGUAGAAUUGGGAUUGGCCCUAAAUUGUUCGUAGGUGUGAAUGUAAGUGCGAAUGGUUGUUUGUCUAUAUGUCCCCUGUGAUUGGCUGGCGACCAGUUCAGGGUGUACCCUGCCUCUCUCCCACAGUCAGCUGGGAUAGGCGCAAGCAUAACCACAACCCUAGUGAGAAGAAACGGUAUAAAAAAUGGAUGGAGUGGACUCUCCCUCUGCUGGCUGUAGAAAGACUAUACUAUAUAUGUUGUUUUAAAACCCGAGCAUUGUGCAAGCAAAUUGGAAUUCGAAAUGUUAAAAAAUAAACAUGCUAAUGAUAAGAACCGACGUUGGUUGAAAUUUGUACAGUAGAAGAAACAGACUAUACAAACAAGCAGAAAGGGUCGUAAAGUCAAGGUUUAAUAGGGAAAAUUAUGGAAAACACCUCUAGUGGGUUGUAUCCCAAUAAUGGUGUAUAUGGGGUGCCCGCCCACCCAUCCAUCAAUCAAGUGUGGAAUUAAACAACCAAGGAAAUCUUUCGUGAGCUGUCUAUUUCUGUGAGCGAGUCCUGGAUCGUAAUGCAACAGUGGGGCUAAUUUACAUAACCCUGCCCCAUCUAUUUUUCUCUGCCCAUGAUUUGGCAGCUAGACUGGGCAAAGA